GGAGCCGGUGUCCUACGUCAGAGCCGCCGCCGCCGCGGAGCCGCCGCCGGGGAGGAGCAGCCGCUGCCGCCCAGGACUGGGCCCUUAGGGAGGAGGAGGCGAGAAGAUGGCGGACGACCCCAGUGCUGCCGACAGGAACGUGGAGAUCUGGAAGAUCAAGAAGCUCAUCAAGAGCUUGGAGGCGGCCCGCGGCAAUGGCACCAGCAUGAUAUCGUUGAUCAUUCCUCCCAAAGACCAGAUAUCACGAGUGGCAAAAAUGUUAGCUGAUGAGUUUGGAACCGCAUCUAAUAUUAAAUCACGAGUAAACCGCCUUUCAGUCCUGGGAGCCAUUACAUCUGUACAACAAAGACUCAAACUUUAUAACAAAGUACCUCCAAAUGGUCUGGUUGUUUACUGUGGAACAAUUGUAACAGAAGAAGGAAAGGAAAAGAAAGUCAACAUUGACUUUGAGCCUUUUAAACCAAUUAAUACGUCAUUGUAUUUGUGUGACAACAAAUUCCAUACAGAGGCUCUUACAGCACUACUUUCGGAUGAUAGCAAGUUUGGUUUCAUUGUAAUAGAUGGUAGUGGUGCGCUUUUUGGCACACUCCAAGGAAACACAAGAGAAGUCCUGCACAAAUUCACUGUGGAUCUUCCAAAGAAACACGGUAGAGGAGGUCAGUCUGCUUUGCGUUUUGCCCGUUUAAGAAUGGAAAAACGACAUAAUUACGUUCGGAAAGUAGCCGAGACUGCUGUGCAACUGUUUAUUUCUGGGGACAAAGUGAAUGUGGCUGGUCUCGUUUUAGCUGGAUCAGCUGACUUUAAAACUGAACUAAGACGAUACUUUGAUGAAAUCAGCCAGGACACGGGCAAGUACUGUUUUGGAGUUGAAGAUACACUAAAGGCUUUGGAAAUGGGAGCUGUAGAGAUUCUAAUAGUCUAUGAAAAUCUGGAUAUAAUGAGAUAUGUUCUUCAUUGCCAAGGCACCGAAGAGGAGAAAAUUCUCUAUCUAACUCCAGAACAAGAGAAGGAUAAAUCUCAUUUCACAGAUAAAGAGACAGGACAGGAACAUGAGCUGAUUGAAAGCAUGCCCCUACUGGAAUGGUUUGCCAACAACUACAAAAAAUUUGGAGCUACAUUGGAAAUUGUCACAGAUAAGUCACAAGAAGGAUCCCAAUUUGUGAAAGGAUUUGGUGGAAUUGGAGGUAUCUUACGGUACCGAGUAGAUUUCCAGGGAAUGGAAUAUCAAGGAGGAGAUGAUGAAUUUUUUGACCUUGAUGACUACUAGGUAGUCGACAUGGGUCUGGCAAACCGUGCCUCACCCUCCAGCAUCCAACCCAAGGAGCAUACCCGUGGUGGAAUCCAAACAGAUCCCUGCCUUUUGAUUGGACCCUUCUCAGAGCUUAACUCCAUGAGCACUGGAUAUGGAAAUGAAAACCGAAACACAACCAGGCCCGACCCCACACUGGUUUGUCAUGGUGUCAGCGCAGCAGCCUACAAGAAGUUCCCGAAGGUCACUAUGGACUAAUUUAAAAAAGAAUCCCAGUUUUUACUUUUACUUGAUGGUGAAAAUUGGUUGCUCUUGUAUUUUAUGGAAAAAAACAAAUGAUUUUUUUAACCUUCAUACAUAGAAGCAAAAGUACUUUAACUGCUGUAAACCUUCAAAAGUUAAUAGAAGUGACAUCAUACUGGUUUGUUUCUUAUUUUGAUUGGAGAAAAAAAUUGCUGCAUUUCGCAGUGACCCAUUUACAUGGCAUUCUCAGCUUAGACUGCAUAAGAAGAAAUAUAUGUGGUGAAAUGUUGGAACCA